AGCUGGCCCACAUUUCGGUCCCUUAGUAAUCCUCGACACGCAUUGCAGCUCACGUCGACCAUUGUGGUCGCCGUACGGGAUUAUAGGGAUUCGUGUUCCAUCAUUCAAGUCAACGUAUCUGUAUAUCGUUCUUUUCCAAUUUGUCGAUCUUUCAAAUCAGUUCGCCAAGUGUAUGCCGUGGUCGUAAGGAGGCACGAAAUGAUUCCACCAGAAAUAAAAUCCAUUCGUAACCCACUUGGAAACCCGUGGAACGGUGUGAACCUGUGCUAGCUAUCGUUGCAACUUUCUCAAACUCUGGCCCAUCUAUAGGGGAGCUGCGUUUCUUCUUCUGCUAACUUGUACAGUCGCAAACGAAUGAGUCAAAAAAUAACAGAAGAUUAAAAAAAAAAAAAGAAGAAAAAGAAGGAGGAUAUACGUGUACAUAUAGAUCUAUAUCUCAUUUAAGAAAAAAAAAAAAAGAUAAGUAUCAAAGAUCGUAUCAAGACCAAAGAUAAAGCCGAAGAGAGAAAGAUUGAGAGAGAGAAGAAGAAGAAGAAAGAAAGAGGAAAAGGGAAAUAAUUGAAGAAGAGGUGUUCUUAAGAAGCUUCCAAAAGAAAAGACAGCAUAGAACGUCGUAUAUAUAAAACGUUCUGGAUAUUAUUGAAAAUAAGAAUUUAAUUAAGAAUUAUUGUAUUUUGAACGAAGAAGAAAUAAAAGAGAAGAAGAAAGUAGACGCGUCAAGAUGAGUACAAUAAGUGGCAGUCAGACUACGUCCGUAAAGGAAUUCUACAGGGAUAGAAGCAUCUUCGUGACUGGUGUUACUGGAUUUAUGGGCAAAGUCCUUGUCGAGAAACUGCUCAGAUCUUGUCCAAUAAAGAACAUUUAUGUCUUGAUAAGAAAUAAAAAGGGGCAAGAUGCACACCAGAGGUUGCGGGCACUGUUGAAUGGACCGCUGUUCGAUAAAUUACGUCGAGACGCACCGAAUGAGCUUCUGAAGGUAAUCGCCGUGCCUGGAGACAUCACGGAACACGAACUGGGUAUUUCAGAAUCUGAUCAGAACGUUCUAAUAAGAAACGUGUCAGUCGUCUUUCAUUCUGCCGCUACUGUGAAGUUUGAUGAGGCUCUCAAGAUUUCGGUUACUAUUAACAUGGUCGGCACUAAACAGCUAUUGAAUCUGUGUCACCGUAUGCAAAAUUUAGAGGCGCUGAUCCAUGUUUCAACGGCAUAUUGCAACUGUGACCGUAAGGACAUCGCUGAAGAAAUCUAUCCUCUUAUAGCGGAACCAGAACAAAUAUUCGCUUUGACGAAGGUGAUGGAUGACAAGAUGGUUGACGAUAUAACACCAAUUUUGAUCGGCAAUCGACCGAAUACCUAUACAUUUACCAAAGCCCUAGCGGAAAGAAUGUUGGAAGCAGAAUCUGAUUAUUUACCGAUUUCAAUUGUGAGACCCACUAUAGUUCUAUCAUCGUUUAGAGAACCGGUUGCCGGAUGGUUAGAUAAUUGGAACGGACCGACUGGUCUUAUUGCCGCAGCUGGCAAAGGUUUCUUCAGAACUAUGCUUUGCCGGGGAGAAAUGGUAGCUGAUAUAGUGCCGGUCGACAUAGUGAUCAAUUUGAUGAUCGUCGCGGCAUGGAAGACCGCGACGAAUCGCACGAAGACGAUUCCCAUAUACAAUUGCUGCACAGGCCAACAGAACCCAAUCACCUGGAGGAAGUUCGUUGAACUGUCAUUCAAGUACAGCCGAAUGCACCCAUACAACGAUGUGAUUUGGUACCCAGGUGGCAGGUGCCACAAUUCCGCUAUAGUGAACAAAAUAUGCAUGCUCAUCCAGCACAUUGUACCGGCGCACAUUUUAGACUUUACUCUUCGACUGAAGGGCAAGACGGCCAAUAUGGUCACAUUACAAUCGAAACUUGAAAAAGCUACCAAAUACUUGGAGUACUUUACUACGCAACAAUGGAUAUUCAAAGAUGAUAAUGUUCGAGAAUUAAACGAAGAGCUUAGUCUCGAGGACCGCCAGACAUUUACAUUCGACGUUAGACAAAUUGACUGGGCUUCAUACUUGGAACACUAUAUUUUGGGAAUUCGGCACUUCCUCCUCAAGGAGAACCCGGACACACUGCCAGCUGCUCGUGUACACCUUAAAAAAUUAUACUGGAUUCACAAAGCUGUGCAAUUCGGGGUGCUAUUAGUACUGCUGCGUUUUCUGUUGUUUCGAAGUACCGUGACCCAAAACGCAUGUUAUUCAUUGGUGUCUCUGGUGUUACGUGUGUGCCGUAUAAUUGUUUGACGGCUCAGAACGCUGGUUGAGGAUCGCGAAAAGCGUUAUAACAAACAACAACCACUAAUCGUACAGAAGCAUAAUCUAAUGGUGCGAGUUGUUCUCCGACUUCAUUGCUCGCCGUUUCCAACGAGCAAUCGCUAUGUUCAUACAUCCCAUCGGUUGGCCUUUUCGAUGUUUCUAUUUGUUCAUAAUUAAAUUAGCGUUCGCUAGAGAUAUUCAAUUCCACAGAGAGGUGCAGUUACGAAACUGGUCCAAAAAAAAAAAAAAAAAAAAAAAAAAAAAAACACAC